AUGACUGACUAUUCACGCCCUGUCACACCCGACACGCAUACCAAUGGCAUCUUAACGCCCCAAACGCCCAGGAAUACCGGCCUCGCCCUCACAGAAUACACUGCAAACCCCUCACCGCCCUCUGACUCGCCCAAGAACGAAACCAGCAAGCUCGUUCCAGAUGCAUUUCUGCUGCCAAACGGAUACCCUGAUUACCUUCGUCUUAUCCUGACCUCCAAGGUUUACGAGGUCGUCACCGAAACUCCCCUGAAUGUAGCAACCAAUCUCAGUAACCGCCUAGAGUGCAAUGUCCUGCUCAAGCGCGAAGACUUGCAGCCCGUCUUCAGCUUCAAGCUGCGGGGUGCGUAUAAUAAGAUGGCGCACCUGUCGCAUAAAGACAGGUGGAAGGGUGUGGUUGCCUGCAGUGCUGGAAACCAUGCUCAGGGUGUUGCCUACUCCGCCCGCCGCCUGAAGAUUCCCGCUACCAUUGUCAUGCCCUCUGGCACUCCUGAUAUCAAGCACAAGAAUGUCUCCCGCCUCGGCGGUUCCGUCGUCCUGCACGGGGCUGACUUCGACGCCGCAAAGGAAGAAGCUCACCGCCUGGAGAAGCUACACGGCCUUAUUUCCAUCCCACCCUUCGACGAUCCGUAUGUCAUUGCUGGCCAGGGUACGAUUGGCAUGGAAUUGUUGCGACAGACAAGUCUUGAGCAUCUGGAAGCAGUCUUCUGUUGCGUUGGGGGCGGGGGCCUGAUAGCAGGAAUCGGCGUCUACAUCAAGCGCAUAGCGCCUCAUGUGAAGAUCAUCGGCGUGGAAACCUAUGACGCGAACGCCAUGGUCGAGUCGUUGAAGGCAGGCAAGCGCAUCGUCUUGAAAGACGUCGGACUUUUCGCCGACGGCGCGGCGGUCAAGACAGUUGGAGAGGAGACUUUCAGGAUUUGUCAGGAGGUGGUAGACGAAGUGAUCCAAGUGACGACGGAUGAGACAUGCGCCGCUAUAAAAGACAUGUUCGAAGAUACCCGUUCCAUCGUGGAGCCGGCUGGUGCCCUGGCACUCGCAGGCCUGAAGAAGUGGGUUGCAAGGAAUCCGAGCCCCAAAAAGGAGCGCGGUUUGGUCGCUGUUGCCAGUGGGGCCAAUAUGAAUUUCGACCGGCUCCGCUUCGUCGCCGAACGCGCCGCCCUUGGAGAGAACAAGGAGGCCUUACUCUCGGUUACCAUACCCGAGAGGCCCGGUUCCUUUGCACAGCUCGUGGCCCAAAUACAUCCAAUGGCUGUCACCGAAUUCAGCUAUCGGUACAGUGGGCCGGAUUCCGCCAACAUAUUGGUUGGCGUUGAGCUGAAAGCGGCCACCCGAUCGCGCGAUCUCCGGGAUCUUUUCUCUCGUUUAGCGGCCGAAGGCAUGACCGCACACGAUCUCUCGCAGGAUGAGCUGGUCAAGACGCAUCUCCGCUACUUGGUAGGUGGGAGAAGUAAUGCAGCCGACGAACACCUUUUCAUGUUCCAGUUCCCGGAGCGGGGCGGCGCACUUUACAAGUUCCUGCACACGCUUCAACCUGGCAUGAACAUCUCUCUCUUCCAUUACCGGAAUUAUGGGGGUGAUGUAGCUAAGAUCCUCGCCGGCAUUCAGUGCAAAGAGGAGGACCAGGAUAAGUUGACGGCGUUUCUAAAAGCUAUCAACUACCCGUAUGAGGAAGUGACGAAUAACCAAAGCUACAAGAUGUUCCUGAGGCAGUGA